UCGUCAAUGCGAGCAGUUUACGUUUCAUGCCAACAACUCCUCUUUCCUUACGGUUAUUGUUACGCUGAUUACAUGUACAUGUUCAUCUUCCCUUCCUUCCUUUUCUAUUUCUAAACCCUAACCAUUUCUUCCCUUUAUACUAUACACAUAUAAUAUUCAAUGGAUGGUACUAGUGAAAAGAUCAAAGGAUCAUGGAGUCCCGAAGAGGACGCCAUGUUGACUAAGCUAGUGGACCAACAUGGUCCACGAAAUUGGUCCCUUAUAAGCACCGGCAUUCCCGGUAGAUCCGGUAAGUCUUGCCGUCUGCGGUGGUGCAAUCAGCUCAGCCCCGCCGUGCAACACCGUCCUUUUACCCCUUCCGAGGAUGCUAUUAUCCUUCAGGCGCAUGCUGUUCAUGGUAAUAGGUGGGCUACAAUCGCGCGCCUCUUACCUGGAAGGACAGAUAAUGCCAUAAAAAAUCACUGGAACUCCACGCUCCGUCGUAAGCGACACGCGCCGGAGGCGCCGGCAGCGGCGACUAUGCUUAUGGCAUUGGAUGAGUCGAGGACUGGGUCAUCGUCAGAGUCCAACUCAAAGAGGCAGUGUUCUCGUGCAUCGCAGGAGCAGAGUAGUUGUGGGCUGGACGCUGAUGAUUUGGGCCUUAAUGGGCCGGAGACUUCAUUGACGUUGUCGCUGCCUGGGGGAGGAUUGCUACAGUCACUUGCUGUUGAUGAAGGGAAGGUCAAGGAUGAAGUUCCGCCACCGAUCAACGGUGAUCAUAAAGUGAAGGAGGAAAAAUGUACGGUGGAGAUGGAAGAAACAUGCUUGGUGACGAUUAUGCAGCGUAUGAUAGCACAUGAGGUUCGUUGUUACAUUGACAAAUUACGGGCUCAAGGUGGGCUUGGAAUUGGGCUUGCCUUUGAGUCUGAUGUUCCAAAGCAACCUUAGAAAUUACAUCUCGUUAAUUAGGAUAAUUAUGAAAGUUUUAAACCUUCUUAUCUUUCAAGGCCAAAAUGGCACCUUGCACUUGAAUUUCUAAGUGCUUUUCUCUUUCAUACCGUUAAUUUAAAUAAAUAAAUUACUAUUGUUUCAAGUUGUGAAUUUUCUUGCACUUAGGAUCUCAUAAUUCAUAGAACCAUUAGUAGGAAAAGACUGAAACUCGAUUAAAUUAUGUGAUUCUUGACGCGACUAC